AUUCAAUGGUUGGUUAGCAGUAGCAACUUACCUGCCUCGCUCUUGUUAAUUGAAGAAUUUACCUUUUUCCACAUAAAAAAAUGGGAAAAUCUUACUAAAUCAACAACAGAUACAUAAAUCAACACUUUCUUUCUAGACAAUAGGUGGGAAUAAAGAAAAACUUCGGCAUGACGAGUUCUCAAGUAAUUCAAACCAAUUUUAGGACGUUAACUACAUUUGUAGUUGAAGAGCAAAGGAAGGUUCCUUACGCUACUGGCGAAUUCACAACUCUUUUGACAAUUAUAUUAACGAGCAUCAAAUCAAUAUCGUCCGUAGUCAGAGCUGCUGGAUUAGCUAAUAUGUAUGGCAUUGCUGGUCAGACAAAUGUUCAAGGAGAAGAAGUGAAAAAAUUAGAUGUUUUGGCAAAUGAUCUGUUUAUUAAUAUGCUAAAAUCCUCUUAUGCUACAUGUUUACUAGUAUCAGAAGAAAAUGAUAAUGUUAUUGAAGUGGAAGUAGAAAAACAAGGAAAAUAUAUUGUAUGUUUUGAUCCCUUGGAUGGUUCUUCCAAUAUAGAUUGUCUUGUUUCUAUUGGUUCUAUUUUUGCAAUUUAUCGCAAGACAACAUCAGAUCCUCCUUCAUUGAAAGAUGCUUUACAAAAUGGUAGAAACAUUGUUGCUGCAGGUUAUGCAUUAUAUGGGAGUGCUACUAUGGUGGUUUUAUCAACUGGAACGGGUGUAAAUGGUUUCAUGCUUGAUCCUGCUAUUGGAGAAUUUAUUCUGACAGAUCCUGACAUGAAGAUUAAACCAAGAGGAAAAAUUUAUAGUAUAAAUGAAGGAUAUGCUUCAAUAUGGGAUGAUGCUGUUAUAGAAUAUGUUAAACAGAAAAAAUUUCCUUCUAGUGGAAAACCGUAUGGUGCUAGAUAUAUUGGCUCAAUGGUUGCUGAUGUUCAUCGUACCUUAAAAUAUGGGGGCAUUUUUAUGUAUCCUGCAACUAAAGAGUCCCCUAAAGGAAAGCUUCGCCUUUUAUAUGAAUGUAAUCCUAUGGCUUUUAUUAUGGAAAAUGCAGGCGGAUUGGCAACUAAUGGGAAAAAACCUAUAUUGGAUAUUGUCCCAGAAAAUAUUCAUCAACGUUCUCCAAUAUUUCUUGGCUCUAAGGAAGAUGUUGAAGACAUAAUUAAUCUGUACAAAAAGUAUUAAGAAUUAUGGUAUAAAAGUUUUACUGUGAAAAUUUUCAUACUAACAACCUAAUCACUUAUGUAUUCAAACUUUUAUUAUCAAAAUGUAAAAUCAUAUUUUUUUGAACUUUUUAUUGAAAUUCUUACAAAAUAAAGUCAUGUUUAUAAUAA